AAAAGAAGUCAACAGGACUCCAGACGUCGUUUCAAAAAAUACGCACCAGAAUGUAGACAAAAAUCCCCCCCCCCCCCACUAAUUGCCUGUUUUCUAGUCGUUCGUGGGGGGACUGAAGUGAAGUGUCGAGAGAAAGAAGCUUUUUACCCUACACCGGAGCAAAAAGCGGCAGCAGCCAGCAAAGUUCGGACAAAUAAAACGAUUUUUUUAAAAAAAAGAAGAAGAAUACAAAUCAAUUGCGGACCUACCGGUGUCGAAGUGCUUGAGGGCGGUGGAGGACAGGAAGAAGAAGCCGGAAAGAAGAAGCGUGGAGGUGGCGGUGCACGGCUCCAUGCUACCAGGUGAGCCGAAGUGAAGGAAGGGUUCGACUACAAGCGGGAGUUGCGGCAUCGGCAAAGAGACUGCCGUCGCCUUGGCGACAAGAGGCGCUCGCGUGGUGAUCGCCUGCCGGGAUGCCGACAAGGCUGCCAAAGCGGUGCGGGAGAUCAAGUUCCGCAGUCGCAGCCUGGCGGUUGUCAGUAUGGAGCUGGAUCUGGCCAACCUCCGUUCGGUGCGUGACUUCUGCAAGACGUUCCUGCAGCAGGAGAAGAGGCUCGACAUUUUGAUCAACAAUGCAGCCAUGCCAGGCGUCCUGGACUGGACAGACGACGGCUUCAGCAUGUGCCUGGGCGUCAACCACCUGGGCCACUUCCUGCUGACUAACCUGCUGCUGGGCCGCCUGAAGGAGUGCGCCCCCAGCCGCGUGGUCACGCUCACCUGCUCCAGCUACAAGUACCAGAAGCUGGACUUCCGGGACCUCAACUACAACCUGCUGCCCUUCUUCACAUACUGCCGUAGCAAGCUGGCCAAUGUCUACUUCAGCCAAGAGCUUGGCCGCCUCAUGCAAGGGAAGGGCGUCACGUCCUACGCCGUUCACCCCGGCUUCGUGCAGAGCGACUGGACGUGCCACUACUCGUUCUUGUUCCGGACUGUGAUGCGGGUCCUCAUGUGGAUGUUCUUUGUUCCGUGCGAGACCGGCGCGCAGACCGUGGUCUACUGCGCCGUUUCGGACGAGGCGGCUCAUCGGGGAGGCGGUUACUUCGCGGACUGCCGGCCGGCCGCCCUGCGACCGUUUGCCCGCGACGCCGGAGCGGCCAAGAAGCUGUGGGAGGCCAGCGAGAGGCUGGUCAAGCUCGUGUGACGCUUUUUAGGUUUUGCUUUCAUUUUCAUCACUCUUAAGUUAUUGUGAAUGAUUCACUUUAUUCAUUCGCCACCGCAUUUCCUUCAAGGUUUUGGGAUAUUUUUGACAUAAUAGUCAUUGUGAUUUGUUUGUUUUUUUUCACCCUAAGUGUUAAAGAUGAAUGAAUGAAAAUACCAAAAUAGUUACCAAGAUAACCACAGUUUUCAUUUAUUAACCCAAAAAAAAGAAGACAUGUUCCGUGUUAAAAAUGAAAAUAACUGCACAUCAUCGUACAUGAUACAUACUACUGUACCUGGCACUCUGCAGUUGAAUACUGCAAAUGAAUUGGCCUUUAAAAACUGCAGGUUUUUUAAUUUUUUAUUGACAACACCCAAAAGCACGAGCCAUCCAAGCAAGAGCAGAAAAGUAGCAGAAUACAACAAAAACAAGCCAUCAAAGGACACCGGAGAAAAAGAAAAUCCUCAAGGUGGCAAUCCUCCAUGAGGUGAGAAGGAUGGGAAGCCUUUCAUGAUUUUGUGCUUUACUGGUGGUGAUUGUCUAGUCUUGGUAUAAAUUGAUUAUUUUAUAUAUACAUCUGGAGACAAAAAUAGCUACAUAUUUAAAAAUUCUAAGUAAGCAGCUGGUACUGAUAGUACAGCGUGGAUGUGGGUAGAAAAGCCAAAACUUUUACUCUAGAGUAGUGUUACUUCAAAAUAAUAUAACUCAAGGUAGUCAUCCAAAAAAUCGAACUCAAGUACAAGUAUGCGGUGAAAAGGAGUAACUGCUUACAAUGUCAGAUUUUUUUUUCUCAACACAACAUCAUCUACAGUAUAUGAACUGUUAAGCUGUACAAUAACCAAUGACAUGACCAUAUGAAGCCAAAAAAGUACAGAACAUUAUCUAUUUAAGAUGACUAAAAUGAAAGAUGUGUGCGUUAAAUCCAUGCUUUCGAGUCAUGUUAACGGCAGUGUAUUAUGUCAAAUAGUGUAUUUUUUAGGAUGCCGCGUGAUUGAACAGGCUGGCGUGAUCGUAGGGCUUCCGACUGUGAGUUUGGUCACGUGACUGCAUUCUUAUGUUGAUUGGUACCAUAGUGCUGCUGUGAGCAAAAAAGUCAAAUAUACAGUGCUGGCACCCCUGCCUGCAAUUCUGUCAGAUAAUGCUCCAUUUCUACCAGAAAAUGAUUGCAAUUACAAAUGCUUUAUCUCCGGGCAUUAGUGGUAUAAGUGGAGGAGUAUCUCGGGGUCCUGUUCACGAGUGAAGGUAGGAGGGAGCGGGAGAUGGACAGACAGAUCAGUAAUGCAGAUGCUGCACCGGUCGGUCCGUCGUGGUGAAGAAGGAGCUGAGCCGAAAGGCGGAGCUCUCGAUUUACCAGUCGAUCAACGUUCCUACUCUCACCUAUGGUCACGAGCUGUGGGUCAUGACCGAUAGAACAAGAUUCCGGAUACGAGCGGCCGAAAUUAGUUUUCUCCGCAGAGUAUCGGGGUUCUCCCUUAGAGAUAUGGUGAGAAGCUCGGGCAUCCGGGAGGGACUCGGCGUCGAGCCGUUACUCCUCCGCGUUGAGAGGAGCCAGCUGAGGUGGCUCGGGCAUCUGGUUCAGAUGACUCCUGGACGCCUCCCCGGAGAGGUGUUCCGGGCAUGUCCCACCGGCGGGAGGCCCUGGGGACGACCCGGGACACGCUGUAGAGACUGUGUCUCUCGGCUGGCCUGGGAACACCUUGGGCUCCCGCCGGAGGAGCUGGUUGAAGCGGCUGGGGAGAGGGACGUUCGGGCUUCCCAGUUAAAGCCGCUUCCCCCCACGACCUGACCUCAGCGCAAGCGGAAGAUGAUAGUAUGGUAUGGCCUUCAAAGAAAAGAGCAAGGUCCCCAAAGUCAAACAUGGCGGAGGUUCCCUGAUGUUUUGGGGUUGCUUUGCUACCUCUGGCACUGGACUGCUUGACUGUGUGCAUGGCAUUAUGAAGUCUGGAGACUACCAACAUUUUGCAGCAUGAUACAGGGCCCAGUAGGGAAAAGCUGGGUCUCCCUCAGAGGUCAUGGGUCUUCCAGCAGGACAAUGACACUUCAAAAAGCACUAGAAAAUGGUUUGAGAAAAAGCACUGGCCAGCAAUGAGUCCAGACCUGAAUCCCAUAGAACACCUGUUGAGAGUUCUGAAAAUGGCACCCUUCAAAUCUCAGAGACCUGGAGCAGUGGGCCAAAGAAGAAUGGUCUAAAAUUCCAGCAGAGCAUUGUAGGACACUCAUUGAUGGAUACCGGAAGCAGUUCUUUUGUCUAAAGCAGUGGUCUCAAACCGGUCCUCAAAGGGCCGCAGGGGGUACUGGAUUUCAUUCCAACCAAACGAGACAAAUACCUUUUCACCAAUCUGGUUUCUUACAAGUGUAAUCAGUUGAUUGCAAUCAGGUGCUGCUUAUGUUAGUAGAAACCUCAUUGGUUGAACUGUUUGUGCAGGAUCUGUUGGAACAAAAACCAGGACCCACUGCGGCCCUUUGUGGAGUCGGUUUGAGACCGCUGGUCUAAAGGUUAUGCCACCGUGUAUUAGGCUUAGGGUGCCAAUACUUUUGUUCAGCCCAUUUUUGGAGUUUUGUGUAAAAUGAUAAUGAUUUCAUUUUUUCCCAUUCUCUUUUGUGUUUUUUCAUUGCAAGCAAAAUAAAUGAAGAUAUCACUACCAAAGCAUUCGUCAUUGCAUUUUCUGGGAGAAAUUGAGCAUUAUCUGACUGAAUUGCAGGGAUGCCAAUACUCUUGGCCAGCUGUGUAUAAAGAGGAAAAAUGUUAAGACUCGUGUAGCCCAAAGUAGUGGCGUCACAAAUCUACUCAAAAGUAUGCCGUGGUGAAGUACAUUUUUCCCAAGUCAAUGUAACGGGUUACUGCCCGCCUCUGUCAGAAGCCCAUGACAAAAUAUGACCAAUUGAAUAUUUUCCUCACGAUGGAAAAUCCUAUUCAGGGAUUAGAUCCCAAACACAGCCAAUGUGAAUCUUUUAUAGUCUAAACAACACACCCAGGAAAGAACAAUGCGCAGCCAAGUACUGUACAGUAGUGUUGAAAACAUUAGUGGUCCAAUGUGAUUAACCAGAUGAAUUCAGGUUUUCAGUAUAUAUUUUUACUGUUACAUGGCAAACAAGUUACCGGUAGGUGCAGUAGCUUCACUAAAUGUGACCCCGCCCCAAACACACAUUCUUAGUCUUGGUUCUGAAGGAGAUUGUACCUUUUUCUCAAACUGUUUGCAUUAUUCCAACACACUCGGUUUAAUAAAAAAAGACAUUCAACCAUAGUUGAAUAUUAUUAAGAAUUAGAAUAAGUUAUAAUACACAGAAGCACUCCUCACAAAGCAGCCCUCCACCGAGAAGCAAAGGAAAAGACGCCGUCGUCAUCUCUUCGGUGGGGCCAAGACACCCCGACCUACCAAAGCGACACCUGAGAACAACAAGAACUAAGUUUGAUAGCUUGACCGCCCAAACCAGCAAAAGAAGAAUUAUCUUAAAACAACGCCCUUCGCCUGGCCCACCCCACCGCGGCCUUCAAAAGACAACGUUUAGUUAACGACCGUUGCUUCUCAGGGACAUUCCGAUGCGCUCGUUGUUUUGCUGACCCUGGAUCCAGAAUUGCCUCUCCGUCGCCUGUUUGCCUUGCUGUGUGAUCGCUGUUGACCUGAAUAAAUUGUCAACUUGUUUUCGGUGAGCCUUCUUUAAACCUCUCAAAAUGGAGUCAGUACAAGGGGUUAAGACUAAGGUGAACGCGCGGAGUUUUGCCUUUUAGCCGGGGUGUCGGGGUUCCGCCGGCCCGGGUCGCUGGAGCUGCGCCAGCGCGGGUUAGGCUGGCGUGAUUCCGGCAGUCUGGCUAAAAGGUCAGAUUCCUUCAGUUCCAAACCAACAAAAUGAAUGUCAUGGAGUGGCCAGCCCGAUCCCCGAACCAAAAUCCAAUCGAGAAUCCCCCCCCAAAAAAAAAAGCUGUUUCUGGAGCAAAACUAUGAAAUGCAAAGGAAUCGUUAGCUUGGCAAGUUAGAUUGACUCCAUGCCACACAGAUGUCAUCAAAAGAUGUUCAUACAACGAAAUAUUAGUUGAGUGAGUCAGAGAAUUGUUAAAUCCUACAAACAAAAAAGUUUGUAUAGUCAAGGGCAGACACUGAACGCAGCCCUUUCUACUCAUUUCCCAAUUGCAGAGCCUUAAGAGUGUGUCUAUCAUGAAUAAUGGAUAGAAUCUACUGCAACCGACUUGUUUGCUGAAACAAUGUACUGAAAACCUGGAUUCAUCUGGUGAGUCACAUUGGACUGCUAUUAUUUCCAACACUACUGCUUGUUUUUUUCUGUACACCUGUGCCUACGUUCCAGCUCCGAAAGGGAAAGAUGAUGUGGGAUCUUUCAGGCUUAGGCAACAUGUGCCACAUCCACAUUGACCUUCUUAUUGUAUAUUUUUAUUUUCUUCUCUGUCAUCAGAACAUUUGACAGUAUUUACCUCUAACAGUGAUUCGAAUGGCGCAAUCUCAUCAUGUACAUGAAUAAAAAUAUUCUAUUCUAGCUGAAUCUAUUGGCUUUGGCACAACAACUGAUUGGGUUGACGGCAAUAAAAUGGACAUUUACAUGCAAAAAAUAGAUUUGUGGAAAAACAUGCUUACCACAGUCACAAGAGGACCUCAUCUUCAUGGCCAAGGUGAAUAGAGAAAACAAGGUCACAUGACCACAGAUGGGCUCCAUGUCUGACAUUAUCCCAUGACUCACAUGACCCCCACCAAGGCAUAACUGUUAUCAGAAAGUGACAUCCUGAUUUCAAGAGGCCAUUUUAAUUCUGCUCUAAAACGAUCCUGGUCUAAAAUUCACACUAUAAUUACAGAAGAAGGGCAAUUGUAUCGUGUCCCAAUCACUUCAUUGUUUUUGUCAACAAUGACAAUAUGGAAAAUAUUUUAUCGACGAACCUUUUUUUCAUGACGACGGUGAGUCUUGGGUGACUGCAACAUGGAGAGACGAUGAGACGAAAAUGCAACAUAGUUUCUGCCAUGUGGUCACAAUGCCUGCCUGCCAUUGGCAUAUUGUUAGUCAUCCAGCAUCGUAGCAUUGUUUACUGCGCCCCCCCCACCAACACACACACACACUCAACGGUGUCCUUCUAGCUAGGCUUCGCUCCAGGCUUGCGUGUUUUGAAACAGGGUAAGAUUUGUGUUAUCCGGCCAGACGGAAUAUGCAAUGUAGCUUUAGCCUUUAAAGGUUCGUGCUGACUGAUCAUCACACACUAAACGUAACUCCUGGCGUUAACGUAGCGUAUACGUUAGCAUUAGCUUCAGCAUGGCGAACGUCCUCAUCAUUUCCAGUCCAUGGUGUCCAGUUUGGGUAUAAUUGAUUGAAAAUAAUGCGAGUGCGCAUUAUUAUCACCAAGUUGGCAUUGUCCUUGUGGACGCUACACUAUGUUCUCGUCUGUCAAUGAUCAUUCAAAAUUAUUAUUUUUUUGACUAUAAUAUUUGAAUUUUGAAAACAUUUUGAGUAGCGUCAUUUUCGGACUACAAGCCGCUACUUUUACCCCUUCAUCUUGAAUCCUGCGGUCCAUAGUCCAGUACCGCUUAUUUGUUCAUUUAUUUGGGUUAAUAGGUGACACUUUAUUUGACAGCGCUGUCAGGGACCAUCAUAAUUAUUAAAUGACUAAAACAGGACUAAUACGUAUUGUCUUCCAAAAGAAUAUGACAAAAAUGAAAAGGGCUGCCAUAAACAAUACUGGUUAGUUGGUUAAGCAUAAUGAAGGUUUUUUUUCUCAUCGAGCAACUAUCAAGUUGAGACAAGUCAACAAUCAUUUUGUCACACUUGUUUAGGAUCAUCGGAGCCUUGGUGGGGGUCAGAGCAAAGUUCUCGAAUGAGACUACUGCAGCGGCGCCGCCGGAGCCCCGGAGCAGUGGAAGUGUAUGUUCUGCCACUUGGCGUCUCUGCGGUGCCACACUCUGGUCUCUUCGGACUGACUGGACUGCGGUCGACCCUGUCCGUCCACAAACUGCGUGAGGCGGAUGUACGCGAUGCAGGCGGCGUCCUCGCCGAUGAGGUGCACGUGAGGGUUUAAGAUGGUGGUGUGGAUGGGCUUGCUGUUUUUAGCCAGCACUGGAUAAAUGGACAGCGCACUUAUCAACCGUCAGCAUCACUUGUUCGCAACAUUGAAAUCAUUCAUACGCUGCUGGCCAAAAGUAUUGGCACCCCUCUCACUCUGUCAGAUAAUGCUCAAUUUCUCCCAGAAAAUGACUGCAAUUACAAAUGCUUUGGUAGUAAUGUCUUGCAAUGAAAAAAACAUAAAAGAGAAUGAAAAAAAAAAAAAUCAUGAUCAUUUUACGCAAAACUCCAAAAAUGGGCCGGACAAAAGUAUUGGCCCCCUUUGAAAAAUCAUGUGAUGCUUCUCUAAUUUGUGUCAUUAACAGCACCCGUUACUUACCUGUGACACUUAACAGGUAGAGGCAAUAACUAAAUCACACUUGCAGCCAGUACAAAUGGAUUCAAGUUGACUCAACCUCUGUCCUGUGUCCUUGAGCAUGCAGAAACUAAAGAAGACCAAAGAACUGUCUGAGGACUUGAGAAUCAAAAUUAUGAGGACGCAUGGGCAAUCUCAAGGCUACAAUUCCAUCUCCAAAGACCUGAAUGUUCCUGUUUCUACUGGGCGCAGUGCCGGCCGCUGUGGCUAACCUCCCCAGAUGCGGACAGAAAGGGAAAAAAAUGCCAAGAGAUUUCAACGAAAGAUUGCGCGGACGGUGGAUAAACAACCUCAAUUAACAUCCAAACAAGUUCGAGCUGCCCUGCAGUCUGAGGGUACAACAGUGUCAGCCCGUAUUAUCCGUCGGUGUCUUCAUAAAAAGAGACUCUAUUGUAGGAUACCCAGGAAGACCCCACUUCUGAUCCAGAGACAUAAAAAAGUUUGCCAAAACUUACCUGAGAAAGCCAAAAAUGUUCUCCGGUCAGAUGAGACAAAAGUAGAGCUUUUUGGGAAAUGGCAUCAACAUAGAGUUUACAGGGGAAAAAAACGAGGCCUUCAAAGAAAAGAUCACUGUCCCCACAGUCAAACAUGGCAGAGGUUCCCCGAUGUUUUGGGGUUGCUUUGCUGCCUCUGGCACUGGACUGCUUGACCGUGUGCAUGGCAUUAUGAAGUCUACCAACAAAUUUUGCAGCAUAAUGUAGGGCCCAGUGUGAGAAAUCUGGGUCUGCCUCAGAGGUCAUGGGUCUUCCAGCAGGACAAUGACCCAAAACACUAGAAAGUGGUUUGAGAGAAAGCACUGGAGGCUUCUAAAGUGGCCAGACCCGAAUCCCAUAGAACACCUGUCAGAGACCUGGAGCAGUGGGCCAAAGAAGAAUGGUCUAAUAUUCCAGCAGAUCAUUGUAUGAAACUCACUGAUGGAUACCGGAAGUUUGCAGUUAUUUUGUCUAAAGGUUGUGCUACCAAGUAUAAGGCGAAGGGUGCCAAUACUUUUGUCCGGCCCAUUUUUGGAGUUUUGUGUAAAUUGAUCAAUUGUUUUCAUUCUCUUUUGUGUUUUUUUUUUUCAUUGCAAGCAAAAUAAAUGAAGAUAUUACUACCAAAGCAUUUGUAAUUGCAAUCAUUUCCUGGGAGAAAUUAAGCACUAUCUGAAGGAAUUGCAGGGGUGCCAAUACUUUUGGCCAGCACUUAACAAGAAGCUCAGGAAGUGUAUUGCUGCCACACACGCACAAAAAAAAAAAAAAGAAAAAAGUCCUGUCUGACGUUUCGUGAUAACCAUCAUGUAAAAAUGUGAAAAUAAUGAGAAAAAAUGGUGAUAAUCAUUAUGUGAAAAUGAGGAAACUGUCAUGUAAAAAUAUGAAAACUAUCAUGUCAAAACUUGAAAUCAUGUCAAAAUGUGAAAUGCAUGCACAUUAAAUUCCGUCCAUUCUUAUUCGAACAUCAUCUACUGUGCUUAAUAAAUGUAAAGUCUCUAUCCAGGAAUGAAAUGAAACAAACUGUUCAAAUAGUUAGCUAUUCUGCAGUUUCCUCUUUCAAUGUUUUAAACGCAUCUAUUUUCACAUUUGUAAUUGAUAGUUAUCACCUUUUUACAUGAUAAUUAGCAUGUUUUUAGUUUGCUAGGCUAAUGAUCAAAUUUCUACAUCCAUGAAAAUGAUCACUUUUUUCAUGAUAACUACCACAUUUUUAUAUCAUGUAAAAAAGUGAUAACUAUCAUGUGAAAAUGUGAUAUUGGAUUUUUUUUCGAGUGGCAGUAAUACGCUUCUGUAUGAAACAAAUGAAAGUCUAACUAACGGAGUGACUGUCUAACAAACAGGACAACUAACCAUUUGAACUAACAAAUUACUGUAUUUUAACAAAUGAAAGCACAGGCUUGCUGUCUAACUAUUGAAUUCAUGAGCCAACUAAGUGAUUGACUGUCUAACAAACUGACUCAUAGAACUAACCAACCAAGUGACAAACAGACUGACAAUCUAACACAUGAACAUUUUGUUUUUAUUAGAGAUGUGACCGAAAAUUUGGCGCCUUGCAUUUUGGGUUUUCGGUUAAAAGGGCGAAAAAUGUGAAGAACCUCGGUCCUCUUGUGAUGACCUCAUCAAAACACGGCGAGCUAACACUACUGGCUCACAGCCAACAUGCCGGCGGUUUGAACGUUUUUUGCUGUAUCAAAGAAAUAUGUAUGGCGGAAAACACUCAGGUGACUUGAAGUUCCGCUCUGAGACCCCCAAUUUGGCCAACUUUCAAAAUUGGACGAUAUGCAUGUGUGAUACAUCAUUGGAAAGCUUAAAAUCUCAAUUUUCUGGGGGAAAAAUUUUUUUGAACAGGAUGGCAUUUAAACAAAAAAAUAUAUACAGUGGGGCAAAUAAGUAUUUAGUCAAGUUCUCCUACUUGAAAAGAUUACAGAGGCCUGGAAUUGUCAACAUGGGUAAACCUCAACCAUGAGAGACGGAAUGGGGAAACAAACAGAAAAUCACAUUGUUUGAUUUUUAAAGAAUUUAUUUCCAAAUUAGAGUGGAAAAUGAGUAUUUGGUCACCUACAAACAAGCAAGAUUUCUGGCUGUUAAAAAGGUCUAACUUCUUUUAACAAGGUCUAACGAGGCUCCACUCGUUACCUGUAUUAAUGGCACCUGUUUUAACUCAUUAUCGGUAUAAAAGACACCUGUCCACAAACUCAGUCAGUCACACUCCAAACUCCACUAUGGCCAAGACCAAAGAGCUGUCGAAGGACACCAGAGACAAAAUUGUAGACCUGCACCAGGCUGGGAAGACAAUCUGCAAUAGGUAAAACGCUUGGUGUAAAGAAAUCAACUGUGGGAGCAAUUAUUAGAAAAUGGAAGACAUACAAGACCACUGAUAAUCUCCCUCGAUCUGGGGCUCCAUGCAAGAUCUCACCCCGUGGCGUCAAAAUGAUAACAAGAACGGUGAGUAAAAAUCCCAGAACCACACGCGGGGACCUAGUGAAUGACCUACAGAGAGGUGGGACCACUGUAACAACGGCUACUAGCAGUAACACAAUGCGCCGCCAGGGACUCAAAUCCUGCACUGCCAGACGUGCCCCCCUGCUGAAGAAAGUACACGUCCAGGCCAGUCUGCGGUUCGCUAGAGAGCAUUUGGAUGAUCCAGAAGAGGACUGGGAGAAUGUGUUAUAGUCAGAUGAAACCAAAAUAGAACUUUUUGGUAGAAACACAGGUUCUCGUGUUUGGAGGAGAAAGAAUACUGACUUGCAUCCGAAGAACACCAUACCCACUGUGAAGCAUGGGGGUGGAAACAUUAUGCUUUGGGGCGGUUUUUCUGCAAAGGAACCAGGACGACUGAUCUGUGUAAAGGAAAGAAUGAAUGAACCCAUCUAUCGAGAGAUUUUGUGUGAAAACCUUCUUCCAUCAGCAAGGGCUUUGAAGAUGAGACGUGGCUGGGUCUUUCAGCAUGACAAUGAUCCCAAACACACAGCCAGGGCAACAAAGGAGUGGCUUCGUAAGAAGCAUUUCAAGGUCCUGGAGUGGCCUAGCCAGUCUCCAGAUCUCAACCCCAUAGACAAUCUGUGGAGGGAGUUGAAAGUCCGUGUUGCCCAACGACAGCCCCAAAACAUCACUGCUCUAGAGGAUAUCUGCAUGGAGGAAUGGGCCAAAAUACCAGCAACAGUGUGUGAAAAGCUUGUGAAGAGUUACAGAAAACGUUUGGCCUCCGUUAUUGCCAACAAAGGGUACGUAACAAAGUAUUGAGAUGAACUUUUGGUACUGACCAAAUACUUAUUUUCCACCAUGAUUUGCAAAUAAAUUCUUUAAAGAUCAAACAAUGAGAUUUUCAGUUUUUUUUUUUCACAUUCUGUCUCUCAUGGUUGAGGUUUACCCAUGUUGACAAUUACAGGCCUCUUUAAUAUUUUCAAGUGGAAGAACUUGCACAAUUAAUGGUUGACUAAAUACUUAUUUGCCCCACUGUAUAUUUUUAAACAGCAAAACCCUAACCGGAAGUGAGAGCAUCAUUAAAGACGCCAUGAUUUUUACGAGAUAUUGUCGCGUACUUACCUCUUUUCCAUCCAAAAACUCCAUGUAGCAUGUCUCACCGAGUGUCAAGACACAGCUGUGAAUGGCCACAGCCGAAUUUUGGGGGGAUUUUAUGGGUGAAACACGGUAAUAUAACAAGGGUUGCGAUGCAGAAAUCACAGACAUCAAGGAACGGUUGAGAUUUUUUUGUGUGUACCCUUUUAAACAUUUUUUUUCCCCUUCAAUUUUCUUUGUUUGGAUCGAUUAUUUAUCCUCUCAAAUAACGGGGAACAUUUCGAAUAAUAAAUAUAAGUACUUACCUUCCUUUCUAUGGCUGGGUUGAAACAAAAGUGGUUGCGCGCCUUCAGGUUUUCCAGGGUAAAACGGACAAAUUAAAAAUAGUUCGUAUUCGUAGGCUUAGUGCCAUGAAUCUGCUACAGCAGCAUAUAGACAUAUUGUUCUAUCAAGCACAACAGUUCUUUUGGCUUCAAAUACAGCAGUUUAUUUUAAAGAGGGGUGCAAGAGCAGAAACGGCUUUUUCUCCUUGUUUCGUGUUUUCCGCCAUAUACAUUAUUAAAUGAAGGAAAAUAAACUUGCUUCAUCGCUGCUACACGCUUGUUCUAAAGUUGCUUUCCCUUGACAUCACACCGUGUACAGUGCAUUUGAGCCCGUGCAGGCGUGAGUAGUUUGGAGAUUAAUCAAGCGAAGGGUAUACAAAUAAAGUCGUAUUUAAAUGCCUACGUAUGGUUUAGUACGAUAGUUUUACAGCACGACUGCUUCCUCUUUUUGUCACUUUUUUUUCGCGACUUCCCCUCUGCCAGUCAUCCGGCCGGGAGGGACUUCACUCGGACCGCUCGCCCGGUGUUGUGCCGAAAAAUAGCCACCCCGCGUGAAAUGUCCCCCCUGAUGGUAACGCUUAUUUAUAACGCUUUAUUGAGCGUUUAUUUGAUUGAUUGAUUGAUUGAUUGAUUGAUUUUAUUAUUGAGCACCCACACGUCACUCGUACAGCUUUUUCUUACCAAUCGAUGGACAUGGAAAUAAUUUUUUGUACCGUGAAUAUAUGUUGUUGUUUUUUUUUUUUUUACUCUGCUUGAACCAAUAAAUGUCAUACCUGUGGGAUUGUCAUUGAGAUAUGGUCGUGAAAACCUGUAGACUAAUACAUUUCUGUUCAAAGACGGUUAUGUGGCCCAGCCGCCCAGUCCACGAUGUAUUUUUCGGCACAACAUCGGCUCUCGGUCGAUUCCGCUUAUUGCACAAGAAAAUGCCCAAUCUUAUUUUCAGGAGCAGGAGAGAUUGUAAAGAAUUUACUGGUUUCGGCGAAAACGGACUAGCUUUUCUUUGCGGUUGUUGUUGACAACUACAGUUCCGCACAAACGUACGUCGAGAUCUCAUUUAGCUUAUGCAAUUGGUGGGGUGGGACCCCUUUUUCCAGUGUCCCAAACUUGCUGUGAGUUGCAAUUUCUGAUGGGGUGACAAAUGUAACAGUACAUCUAGAACGCACCCUCCCAUGGGUUUUGGAAUCGGCACCUUUCAAACGAAAUUUCUCUAGCCUCUGGGGCCAUAGGACCAAUGCCGAGGCAAAGGGCAUUCGUCGGAAAAUAAUAAAUGAAUGAAUUAUACGCACGUGUAUUUUUCGGCCGAGUGUUUCCAAUUUUCGGUUUCGGGGGGCCAAGAAUUUUGCUUUCGGUACAUCCCUAGUUUUGAUACUUUAUUUAUUGAUAAGAAACGCUGUUGACAAAAGACUUACGGUUGUCAAAGUAGAACCUGUGGAAGUCCAUCCCUUCCACCAGGUUGCCGAGUGCCUCGGGUUCAAAAGAAGUCAAGCUCGGGUCGCAAAUUUUGCUGCGGAUGGAAGGGAAAAAGAAAAUCCCUUUCGAUGACGCCGGAAAAAUGGACGAGCGACGGGACCGAGAUGACUCACGCGUAAGCCUCAAAGUCUCCGUUGUUGAUGGCCUCGAUGAGCUGCUCGGUGAUCUUGAUGAUUUCCUGUUUGCGGGCUGCGGAGGGAGAUGAGAAUUAAGUUGGGUUUUUUUCAAUUGUUGUAUUAUGAGGGUGAAAGUGAGUGUCGUGGCUCCAUUACACUAAUCUGGUACUAUUUUAAACAAUAGUGGCUCAUGAAACAUUGACAUUGUUAAAAACACAUAGCUCCAACUUGUACAAUAAAAUGCAUUUGCUGCCGCGUCUAGGCACGUUAAGUCGUUCGUACCGCCAGAUUCCUGACGGGUCAGGGAUUCCAUGGCAAGUUUUGUGACGUUGAAAAUGUAGUUUAUCUGAAUUGGGCUUUAAUGCUUCACUGUGGCUAAUGCUUCUAAGACAAGAUGCAGGUGCUUUUUGUUGGGUUAGAACAGUGGAAUGGCAGUUCAUUUCAUACAGAAACUGCCUGAUGUCAAUUCGUAAGUAAACCGUGUCAAGCUACCGCAGCUUCACGUUUCAAAAUAUUAUUGACACGAUUACGGAAUGCUAGCCUCGCAAGCGAGACUGCAUCCUGUCCGAUUCUUUCUGUAGUACCGUCUUGCUGACCUCUAGUGCCUAACCGCUUGGCGGCCAUCCGACGACGGGGAGAAAGUGGCGGGAGCCGCAAACGUGAGCGGGAAGCGACUAUCUGCUCCAAUCUGAUGUUCCGUCUCUUAAGUUUUGUUGGCAAUACACUUUAUGUCCUCAUGAAAAGAAAAGCAAAGAACAUCGCUAAAUGGACGCCCAUUUUCGCGAGAGUGACGAGAAGAGCCGUGGUCCGAUCGGCCGGUGUUUAUUUUUGAAGGUCCCUCCCAUGAAAAAGCUCUCAAUAGCGUACCGCACGGAAGUGGGUCAGUAUAGACACGCCGUCGCAUACAAUCCAUGUUAUAUCUGCUCGUUUUCUCCGGUAAUCUUUCAAAAGAGAACAUGCCAAGUAAACGCCGCUGCUAUGGAACUUGUAGAAAGGACUCUCGACAUAUGAAGGAUGUUUUCUUCAUACGUUUCCUGAAGCCAAAAACUCGGAAGAAAAAAUGUGAAGAAUGGAUCAACUUGCGCGGACGUCCAAAAGACCAGUUUUAACGCCAGCAAGGUGAAGCCAUUCACAUUUCAUAUGCAGUAAACAUUCUGUUGGAGUGCUGCUCCUGUCUAACAAUAAAUGACCUGAAAUUUUUUUUAAAUGGUAUCGGACUGCCACUGUUGGUACCUGUUGUAAAAAAAACAACUUUUUCCAAGGGGGAAGUGUCAAUAAAUUAUAGAAUUAAGGUUUGUUAUUAAUGGAAAAAAAUAAAAAAUGUCAGUUAGCUGUCACAAAGUAGCAUUUGCUAUUGCUACACAAAUAUAGCAAUGUAAAUUGGCCCCAAGAACGGUGAGAUACGGAAGACAACCAGAAGAUAUGAUAUAUUAGAAAGGAAGGCUGGUCACAUGGUGGUAAAGGAUAGAUUGUUGAAACAAGAGAAUGUGUUGUCAGUCGCGUAAG